GCUAAGGUUGCAGCAGGGCUCAGCGUCAUGGACGCAACCGGCUGUGGUCGAACUCAUGACCUCAAAGAUGAACUAGUGUCGCAUUGUGGAUUCUUUAUUUUAUUAUAACGGAGAGAAAAGCAAAUUAUUAACUUCAGUCUCUCGAAAGAGUUUCGCUUCCGUCUCAGCUGAGGGGAAAUGAAGACGCUAACGACGUUGACGAACAACGGCCGCACGCGAGUUGGUUUCCGUUGAUGUCCAAAGGUCCCGCCUCCGACGAGAAACGCACCUAUCAGUGAUGGUUAUGGAGGAUGAUGGCCGUCCCCACAGCCAAUCAGAGCCAGACACCCUGUUACCAGUGGGCGGGACAGAAUGGCUGGUCCACAGCUUCAUCUCCAGGACCCUUCUAUAAUCAUCUGCCCAGCGUUCAGCAUCUCAGCCUGGGCUCACCUUCUGACCAGAGACCAUGUUACGGCCACCUUCAGGCUUCGAACCAGGGCUGCCUGAGCAACCUCAAUGCCUUUUCAUCCAGAAACAGCAGUGAUCACAGUACGCUCAAUGCUAAUAAUGCUGAGCAGAGUUUGCAGCAUAUCAUUCCUAGUGCCCAUGUUUCAUCCAUGGUUCCAGCUGCAGGCCAAGGAAAAUAUAUACCUCCAUGUUCUCUCCCUCUUAUGAACAAUGGGACACAACCUUGCAAGUCCCAACAAAUGUCACCUUACGUCGCUCACAGCCCUUACCAAGCAAUAUCUCCCCCUUUCCAGCCCCCAUACACACAUCAAGGUUCACUGAAUGGACCUCAGUCACCACAACAAAAACAUCUGCCCAUUAGCCCUCCAUCAUUUGGACAAUGUGUAAACCAGAAUCCACAGUGUACAACCCAACCUGCAUUUGAGAGGGCAAAUAUGGAGUCUGCUGUUAGUGCUGGAUAUAUCCACAAUUAUGCCUCACCCGACUCUCCUAUCCAACAGCAGCCUCAGUGGACACCUCCACCACACUCUAGAGGAACCAUUAAAGAGUUUGUUCCGAGUACAGCUGCACAGGACAGGAACAUCACACCACAGUCUCCCAACUCUGAGUCUCGUUAUGGCCUGGACCCAGAGCUGCUGCCCAGUGCUGUGAAGGUAAUUGCAGAGGACAGGGCAGAGUGGGAGGGCAAGGUCUUCGUCUCAGAGCCUUUUUCUCGUCUUCCUCCUCUGGCAACGACUUCCUGUAUCAUCGAAGACAGAGGUAACACAAGUCCUUUUGCCAUCCGUUCCACCUCAUAUUGUGUGCCCUGCGAAAGUCAGACCGCCCUGCUCAGUCGUUUGCCGCUGGGAGCUCUGGUCACUCCUCUUGCAAAACAAAGUCCCGGAGAGAAGCCCCUCGCAGUUUGCAAAGAGUCAGAGUGUGUUGUGGGAUGUACUUGGUGUGGAGCCUCCAUGUGCCCGGCGAUGGGCUGGCAGGACUGUGGUCAGAGAUUUUACUGCCCCUUCUGUGGUAAACUCAGUGAAGUGCCGUGGCAACACUACCAGCCCACCAAGGGGGUGGAGGGGGUUCGGGUCGAUAAAGACAAGAGGCCUGAACUCAGUCUGGGGUCAUAUGAGAUUCUCAAUUCUCAGACAGGCGAACCUGCUGCACUGCUGCUAGCCAUAGAUGUGUCUGCCUCAGCGCUUAGAGGAGGACAUUUGGAGUUUAUAACACAACAUAUACACACUCUGCUCACCUCUCUGAACAGGGAAGAUGGUGACGCCUUGUCGGAUGUCCGCGUUGGCUUGAUGACAUAUGACAGAAGGAUCCACCUGUACAACCUCAGCCCCGCCCUGUCUCGCCCUCACAUGCUGGUCAUCACAGAGACAGAAGACCUGCAGCUUCCCGUGAGGGAGGGGCUUCUGGUGUCCCUCAAAGACUGUAUAGACAGCAUCGACAGUGUGUUGCAGCUUAUUCCUCAGUUCAGUGCAGAGUGUGACGACUCUAGUGGAGUUCCAGUGGAGCUGCCGGUCAAAGCCGGGCUAGCUGUACUGCAGGCUUUGGGUUGUCCUGGCAAGCUGCUGAUCUUCCAUACUGCCUCUCUGAUAGAGACGGGACACACAAACUGCUCCUCAGGGUUCUUUGGCUCCAACAAACCAAAGUCCAUCUUUCAGCCAUCAGAGCCAGCCGUCUCUUUGGCCAAGGAGUGCGUCCGUCAGGGCUGCGGCGUUCACCUGUUUGUCCUCUCCCAACAAGACGUGGGCGGGGCUUGGCCCGGGCACAUUCCGUAUCUUACAGGUGGAGCUCUGCACACCUACAGCCACCUCCAGGGAGAAUUGGACAGAGAGCGUUUCAGCGCUGAUCUAAAGAGGACUGUAGAUGCGGACACAGGCUACAAGGCUGAGCUCAGGAUUUUUGUCAGCAAAGAUUUACGUGUGUCCGGCUGUUUUGGGCUGUUUGUCCCCGGGCCGAGCCCCGGCCAUGUCGCCAUGGCAACCCUUGAUUGGUGGACAACACUGGCUGUGGAGCUUGCCCACACCAGAGCUCUGGAUGAGACACGAGGUGUAGCCAUACAGACUGUAUUGUCUUACAGCACGCAGACAGGAGACAGGAGGACCAGGGUUCACACUCUGACCCUGCGCUGCUCACGUCAGCUACAGGAUGCUUUCCGCCACUACCAGGCCCAAACUCUACUCACCUUCUACUGCAAGAAGAUGUACUGUGCAGUGUUGGAGCGCCCUCUACAGGAGCUGAGGGAGGAACUGCAGACAGAGAUAACAGAAGCAUUGACGUCCUACCGCAAACACUGCUGCUCUGCCUCAGUGUCUGCUGGACAGCUGGUCCUUCCUCAGUACCUGCGAGCUCUUCCUGUUUACAUCAACAGUCUGAGGAAGAGUGAGGUGCUGCUGCCGGGCCUGAGGAGCUCCAUCCACCAGCGACUGCAGCAGCACUGCCAGGUGCUCAGCAUGGACACCUGCAGCACCACCACACACUUCUACCCUCUGCUGCUGCCUCUGCCUCUGUCAGUUGAGAACUACGACCCUCCAAACCCAGAGAAGGCGCUGCGCUGCUGUGCCGCCAGCCUGGAGCCCAGAGCUCUGUAUUUGGUCCACGCACCCCUCACUCUGCUGCUCUGGGUGGGCACCCAAGUCCCAGCAAGCACCCUGGUCGAUCUCUUCAACACCACUUGCUUCUCCUCCCUGCCCUCUGGAGAGACCAAGCUGCCAGUUCUUGACAACCCUCUGUCAGUUAGCAUUCGAUCCCUCAUCAACACACUGAACUCCCAGGUGCCCUGCGCCCGCCAGCUGUGGGUGGUGAAGCAGGGUGACACCUGUGAGGAGGCUCUGCAGCGCCACCUGGUGGAGGACAAGAGUCCCAACGGGGGAGCGUCCUAUGCAGACUUCCUCUACCAUCUUCACGUCAACUCUGUCCGGCUGCUGCAGUGACCCUCACACACACACACACACACAUACAUAUUUUCUCUGGGUGCAUUAUCUACUACAAAAGAUGACACUGCAGCAUAUUUGACCUAAAAAAAAAAAAAAUAGACCAGAAGAAGAGGAAAAAAGUAUUGUUAAAGAUUGUUGGAAGUUGGAAACAUUAAAGGCCUGUUAUCAGAAUCAGGCGAUGCAUGAGGACAUUUUAUGAGAUAGAUCAUUUUAUUUAUUUAAUGACUGCUAUGAUAUCGUAUGUGUGACGUGUGCUGUGAUGAAUGUGAUCUGUGUUCCUCUGGUACUGUGUUUAUGGUGUUAAUUUAUUCCUGCGUCAUGACAAUUCUCUAAUCCGUGUCUGAGAUUGGUCUGUGUGUUGGCCGUGUGUUCGUGUGUGUACGAUGGACACAGUCGGUUGUGUGCAUAAUCUCCUGUAAAUAAAUGAAGGCUUUAAUUGAACCUAGAUAUAAGUUUUAAAUGUUUUUUUUCCAGUGCACUUCAGCCGUGGGGGGAAAAUCUGUGGAACUUUCUAAUUAAUGUGUCUUAAAUGUCAUCCGGCAACAGCAGAUGAGUAUGUGACUCAGGAAGCCGAAAGGGCAACUGUCUAAUGAGGCCAAGUGGCUAAUAACUCUAAUUGCCAGUAUUUAUAUUGCUUCAAGGGUGGGAAGCACUCAAGCAUGUAGGUGUAGCGUGGGGGCGGAGUUAGAGGCGGUGGUGGGGUGGCACUUGUGUUAUUUUUUAAUUUUCUAUUUUACUCAUAUUCUGACGUUACUCACAAAUUUGAUGGGGCAGACCCUCUAACAACGAGACAGUAAGUCACCUGAGGUUGUGUUACGCUGCAUUCACAGUGUCUACAGAACGGAAAGAAGAAACACAUCCAUUAUUCUGAUUUGGUAGCAUUCACGGAUUAUUCCUAAGUGGUUAAACCUAGUGAUAAAUUACUGUUGUUGUGUUACAUAUGUGGAACACAAGUGAAACCAGAUACAAACUGUAUAUCUCCAACAAAAUUAGCUGAAUAUAUUGUAUUAAUGUUCAUAUUAGAUUUUAUUUUGAUGUAACUCCCAGCGAUGAUGUCAUUUGUUACAAUGUCUGGUUCUUCUCACCGUUUCUCGAGAUGAUGCAAUUUCAAAUGAGAUCAGCCUCUCCAGCAUGUGCUAGAGAUGGUGUUGGAAUUAUGUGUAGGAGAAAAAUAAAUCCUCGUACAAGUUGUUUGUAGGAAACUUUGAUGUCAGUUAGUGUUCUUUAAGUAAAGGUGGUGUUUCUGUCAAGUGCCAUCGAGAGAGAGAGAGAAAGGUUCUGACGUUUUUCCAUCUGAAAAUCAUUUGAAGUCAGAGGAGUCGAUGCUGUAAUAUUUUUUGUUUUUGUUUAUGAGAUAAUUAAGUUGAUUAA